AUGGAGUCCACCGCCCUGGUCACCUUUUUAUUACAAACUCCCAGCACAGUGCACUCGGCAGCAUUGCGCGGAUCCUGGGACAACUUUGCCAACGCCUAUCCUAUGCAAAAAGACUUCCGCAAAGGCAGAGGUCACUGGCGUGGUUGUCAUUCUUUCAAGGAUAUCAUUUGUGACGGAGACUCGCAGGCGACUCUCCAACGUCGAAACGGUGCCUUGAAAAUGGGCGAGCGGUAUUGGUACUAUUACCAGCUCAACGGUGACGAGGAUUAUCACAAUCCUGGCCAAUCAUUCACCACGGCUUGUCCUUUUCUACCGGGCCAGCCGGUUCAUGUUUUGGACAUGCCCAUUGAGAGCCCAGCCGAGAAUUUUGGUGGCGUGGAAGAGUAUACUUUUGCGCCGGCCUUUACGAUGAAUCCCGAAGACAAGUACUUGGCCCCGCGAACUCCCCCGAUACCGCGACCUUUUAAAGAGCAAAGGCUUUCUACAUCGUCCAGGCGGUCAAGUCGGAAAAGUCGUGGACGUUUUCCGACGCAUUCCCGCACAGCAAAAGUCUCCAAGGGCAAACCGAUCAACUUUAGUCGUCUCCUGCGCAGGCCGAACAGGAGGCAAGAAAUUGCAACGGCGGUCCCAUUUCGUAUAUCCUCUCCCAGCGUUGAUGGUCGCCGAAGCCAUCAUUCUGCGGGUGCAGUGAUGCAGUGGGGCACAUGGCCACACCCUCUGGAACACGACGAGCCGCAAAUUGGCCGACGUGCAAGUCUGGAGUCAAUAUAUUGCACAGGAGGAAGAGAUGCGACAGUCUGGGAGCGGAGUCACCGACCUUCUGCCCACCAUUCUACACGCCCGCAGUCCUCAUACAGACCUGACCUCGCCAACGCGUCACCACUCGGGUCACAUCCUCCAGAUGCAUCGAUUCGACGCGAGUGCGAAUCGCUCACCCGUCGAUAUAAAGGGCUAAGCGCCAUGCAGCCUGGACUGCCAUUAUACUUUUUGCCCAACCAAGACAGGAGCUCUGCCGGCUCAGAUCGAAACCUGUCCGAGUUGAGCAGCGAAGAAAUUCAGAUUGGCCUGCUCGAUGAGCCUGAAAAGACACUGCUCGCGAGCAUUGAGAGUUCAUCUCAGGCCACUGAAAUCGAGGAUGACGGUGAUUAUUAUACUGCGGAGGAUGAAGACAUUGGAGAUGAAUUGGUGCGGAGCCCGUCGCCUUGCUCGUCUGAGAAACUGUCGAGGAUACCGACGAUUACACCCGAAGGCACAUUCUCCGCUAUUGAUCUGCUUAACAAACGGUUGCCAGCGGUCCCGCAAAGUCCGCCUCCGGAAACUGUGUGGGCCCGGUCACACUCACGCUCAAAGUCGCUCGACACUCCGUCUUCCGUUUCUCACAACGUACACUACUGCCGUCCGCGAUCGAAAUCCUCUCCCAAAGCGAGCCGUUUUGUUCCUUCUGAGGCUAUUGAAGCCGAGAAUAAAGCCAUAGAGCCCCAACCAGCUCAGAAAAACCCUGCCUUUUCACCUCGGCCUGUACUCAAAAGCCAUUUCUCGGACUGGACCACUACGACUGCUGCUUCAGCUGACUCUCCUGCUUCGACCUGUGUCAGCCCUACGCUCGGUGUCGAGGGCGAUCUUGCAUUCGAGUCUCCAAACAUUGGUUCGACGACAGAUGACACAUAUAGCCCGCAGUCGUACUUUGGGUUUUCAGAGCAGACCACGCCAGCACUGUCCGUUGACGGAUUCAGCGAGCACACAGAAUGUGAGGCAGAUCAAAUAGAUGCGACAGGGUUGAAGACCCAAGCUGGUUGUCUCAGCCAGCAUAUUCCGCUAGUGGAUAGGACAGCGAAGAAUGCCAAUGAUCCGGCGUUUAUCACUGACAGCACGGAUACCUUGUCGUCUCUGACAGGCCUGCGCAUUGAUACGAGCCAGCAGAGAGCUACGCAUCAGCCGAAUGAGGACCCGCGAGUCAUUCUGGAGAAGGAGACCAGUGGAGAUCUGGACGCACAAAUUGACUUUCAAUCUGCAGGCUCAGAUGCCGAUCCAGUGCAGAAUGAUGCAUCCCGGGAUCCAGACAUUACACCUCGCAAGCCAUCUCUUGCCGAGGAAUCAGGUCUCACCCGCGAAGCGUCUACGCGUUCCAAGUUUUCAAUUCCUCUCAUGGUUGAUUUAGAUCUCCCCGACUACCACAUUUCAUUUCCUUUGCACAGUCAAUCCAGUAGUACGCCUACCAAAAAAGUGGAGGAGCAAGAUGUCGACCCAGAAGCGUUUUACCUCCACCAGGAAUACCACUACCCGGCCGUUCCUCGACCUACACCCUUUGCCAACGCAACCCGUCCCUCCAAACCGGAGCAUUCCAACCGAACCGCUUCCGCCUCCCAUGACGUCUCAGAAACUCUCCACACACCGACAUCACAUCGCAACACGUCGUCAUUCACCUCACCGGCGUCCAAGCUGACAUCGACAUUCACAUCGCCCAUGACACGUACGGAAGUAUCAGCCUUUACUCCUCUGAGCUAUUACUCGUCUUCGUUCCAGCCUGCUGCGCCAGUCAAGACCACUCCCACUCCCCACUAUCACGAUGAUCACUGCCGUCGAUGGUCGCGGGAUAGUCACGUCUUUGAGGAUAGCCCUGGUUCUAGCGCAUCAGAUAAGCCCACGCUUGACGUGGAUAUUCCUAGUAAUAUUUCCGGCAUGGAUGACUUGUUGACUGAUCUGGGCUAUCUUGGCGCGAUUGUUGUAUAG